UUUGAGCAUUAACCAUGACUGGGGUGUUUGACAGCCUCAGUACAGAUAUGCAUUCCAACCAGAUUACCUCGAGCGGUUACCACAGCUUGCACAAGUCGCAGGAAUCCCCGACUUUACCCGUCUCUACCGCCACGGACAGCAGCUACUACAACGGCCAGCAACCGAGUCACUGUGCAGGCUCGCCUUACGGCCAGCUCGGUACUUAUCCGUACCACAACAACGGCAUGAGCAGCGUCCAGUACAACGCCAAGUCUUAUGAGCUGGGCUUCAACAGCACCUUCAGUGCGUACAGCACAUACGGCUCUAGCGCAUCGCCUACUCCUACUGACGCAGAAAAAGAGGAGAACGAACCCGAAAUUCGUAUGGUGAAUGGAAAGCCAAAGAAGGUGCGCAAGCCGAGAACGAUUUACUCGAGUUUCCAGCUCGCCGCGCUGCAGAGGCGCUUCCAGAAGACGCAGUAUCUGGCGCUGCCGGAGAGAGCCGAGCUCGCCGCUUCUCUGGGCCUCACACAGACUCAGGUGAAAAUCUGGUUUCAGAACCGCCGCUCAAAGUUCAAGAAGUUGUGGAAGAAUGGAGAAAUCCCGCCCGAGCAACACGUGGCUUCCAGCGAGUCUCCGCCGUGCCAUUCGCCUCCCAUCAACAGCGCCUGGGACUUUCCACCAAAUCAGCGGAUGAACAGUGUGAGCUCCGCUUUAGCCCCGAGCAGCGGCUCUCCCAGCACCACGGCCCCUUCCUUCCUCACCAAUUACUCCUGGUACUCAUCCACGAACUCAAGCGCGCACCUCCAAGCAAACGCGCUGGCACCGCACCACCACAACACAGCCGUCAGCGCCGGGACGAUAUUUUGACAACAACGAAAAUGACUUAAAAAAAAAAAAAAAAAAAGACUGGAGAAUUAAUUUUGCGGGAGAAAGAGAGAAACAGAGAGAUAGAGAGAGAAAAACCCGAGAACUUGAUGUGACAUAAAGGCCUCGUUUUCUGAGAACUGCCGCGACUGAUUAACUUGGACAGAGAUGUAGGCCUACAAUGUUCCUUGCUGCGUGUAAUACUGUUUUUAUUUUAUUCCCCCCACACUUAUACACAAUGUCGUCAUCAGGCAGACGCGGAAAAAUAAAAGACAAUGCAAUUA